CCGGACCCGCCCCCUCAUCCGCGCGGCGCCGUAAAGCCGGAGAAGGGGCGGUGUCUCGUCUCCUACUUCAUCCUACCUCCAAGACCGGAGGAUGUUCCCUGCUCAGGAGGAGGCCGACAGGACGGUGUUUGUGGGGAAUUUAGAGGCCCGAGUUCGGGAAGAGAUUCUGUACGAGCUGUUCCUUCAGGCGGGGCCACUAACCAAGGUGACUAUAUGCAAAGACAGAGAAGGAAAGCCGAAGUCUUUUGGAUUUGUGUGCUUUAAGCAUCCAGAAUCGGUAUCUUAUGCCAUAGCUUUGCUAAAUGGAAUUCGUUUAUAUGGAAGACCAAUUAAUGUGCAGUAUCGAUUUGGGAGUUCUCGCUCUUCUGAACCAGCUAACCAAGGUUUUGAGAGCUGUGUUAAGAUAAAUUCACACAGCUACAGGAAUGAAGAAAUGGUGGGCAGAUCUUCCUUCCCCAUACAGUGUUUCCCAAUUAAUAAUACUUCUUUACCUCAAGAAUAUUUUCUCUUUCAGAAGAUGCAGUGGCAUGCAUAUAAUCCAGUACUGCAGCUUCCUUACUACGAGAUGACAACUCCACUUCCUAAUAGUACAUCUGUGUCUUCCUCAGUGAAUCAUGUUCCAGAUGUUGAGGCUGGGCCCAGCUCAUAUAAGUGGACUCACCAACAACCAAGUGACUCUGACCUUUAUCAGAUGAAUAAACGAAAGAGACAAAAGCAAACAAGUGAUAGUGAUAGUAGCACAGACAACAACAGAGGUAACGAAUGUCACCAAAAGUUCCGAAAGUCUAAGAAGAAGAAAAGAUACUAGUAUUACCUACAAAUGAAACUUACCCACACUGAUUUUAGUAGUCUUUUGAAAAAAAUAAGAUUUUAUUCCAUCAAAUAACCAAUUUCGUGGCUAUCUUGUCUUUUGAAAUAUAUAGUAAUAUGACUUAUCUCUAGUUUGCUAUUCAAUUUUUGCCUUGAAUGACAAAAGCUUUUUAAAAAUAAUAUAAUGUACUAAUUUUGUAUUUGUCAUGAUAUUUUUGAUCCAUUGGCAAUGUGUACUUUUGUCAUUUUAUUAGUACCAAUGAUGAAAUUUCACUAAACUAUUAAUCAAAAAUCACUUAUUGAACACAUUGAUAAAGCACCAUGCUCCCUUUGGUUAUCACCUAUAACCAACACUCAACUACAAAUGGGCUGGGAUUCUAUGUGGGAGGGCGGAUUUUCUGAAAGAAAGUAGUGCAGAUAUUUAAGGAUUGCAUGUUGUUCCUAUUGAGGAUGUAAUAAACAGGCAUUAGUACCCCUUUCUCUUAGUAUCUAAAUAUGUUGUUUCUGAGCCAUACUCUUCUUCUGGUUUAUAAAGUGAGGACAUACGAUAAUGAUACCAAAGGAAAGAUAAUUAUCAACUUUUGGAUCUUUUUUUGUAUACAUUUGUGUAUUUAUAGAGAUACCUGCUUCUUCUCACUUAUUAAUUGUAUGUCAUGAAAAUCAGUUGGCUAUGUCAGUGUGUAUCAUCUCUUGCUAGCAAAGUUUGAGAUCAUAUAUUCACAUAUUUAAAUCUUGAAAAUGAGCAAGUAAAUAGAAUAAUUUAUUAAUGUAUGAUAUGUAAUGCUUAUUGUCUAAAUCAAGUUUCCUAUUUUUGGUUCAUUUAUUUUAGAAGAAAAAUAGGAUACAUGUAAAAUUAAUUGUUUAUUUGGGCAUUUUGUGUAUUGUAUAACUCAUUACAAACUAGAGUGAUGAAACUAUAUAUUUACUAAAGCUAAUUGAAAGAGUCUUGCAACUCAAUUGGGAGUUAACCACCCAUUCAAUAGUAAAAGCCAGUUUCUUUUUCAUGUUGCCUAGCACUUUAUAAGUAUUUAUUAUUUAAAAAAAUAAAGAUAUGUUUUUAA